AUGACUAAAAUCUUCAUUACCGGAGCAACUGGCUACAUUGGUGGCGACGCCCUCACGACUAUAUAUGCCGCGCACCCAGAAUUUUCCUAUGCCGCGUUAGUUCGCAGCAACGCGAAGGCCGAGCAGGUCAAAGCUCGCUUCCCCAAUGUCCGCGUGGUUAUCGGUGACCUUGACAACUCAGCGUUGCUAGAGCGGGAGAGUGCAGUAGCAGACAUCGUCCUUCACACCGCAGAUGCAUCUGACCAUGUGGGGGCUGCGAAGGCAAUCGCUGCGGGUUUGGUUGCUGGGCAUACAAAGGAAAAGCCGGGGUACUGGUUACACACAGGUGGAACUGGAAUUUUGACCUACGAAGAUAGUGACAAGGGGUCGUAUGGAAACAAGAGCGACAAGGUUUACGAUGACUGGGAUGGAGUGGAGGAGCUUCUGAAUCUACCUGAUCAUGCUUUCCAUCGCAAUGUGGACAAGCUCGUCUUGGAUGCAGCCGCGAAGCAUGCAGAUGUGCUCAAGGUUGCUUUGGUCUGUCCACCGACCAUCUAUGGACGUGGACGAGGCCCAUGCUCUCAGCGCGGUCGUCAAGUCUACGAACUCGCAAAGGUGACACUGCUGCUGCAGAAGGGUCCAAUCAUUGGUGCGGGCGAGGCGAUUUGGAACAACGUCCACAUCCACGAUUUGAGUGACGUCUAUGCAUUGCUCGUAAAUGCCGCACUCGCAGGCCGAACUGAUGAUGGGCUCUGGGGUCCGAAAGCCUACUACCUCACUGAGAAUGGAGAGCACCGCUGGGGAGACCUUGCUAAAUCCACUGCAGAGGCUGCCGCAACACUAGGUCUCAUUCCAAAAGCAAAGGCUGAACGUAUUGACUUGGAAAGUGCCAAGAAGUAUGCAGGCUUCGAGUCGCUAAGCUGGGGAAUGAAUUCUCGUGGGCGGGCACUUCGAGCCCGUAAGGUUCUUGGAUGGAACCCAUCAUCACCAAGUCUGCUAGCCGAAUUGCCACAGAUUGUUCAGAGCGAGAGGUAG